AUGUUUUAUAAUCACUCAAUGGAAGAUAUAAUGAAUAAUCAAAUGAACGAAAUAAGUAAUUCUUUUAAUGAUAUAAGAAAAAUUCCAAUAAAUAUAACAGAAAAUGUUUGGUCAAGUGAAAGAAUUACAUUAUCAUCAGAAGAAUAUGUGUAUUAUCUUAAUUUAUUUAAUUUAAAUGAUAAAUAUGAAAAUAAUUUCAUUGACAAUAAGACAGCUUCUUCCUUCCUACAAAACUCUGGGCUUUCUAUUUCUGUUUUACAUUCUAUAUGGGAAUUUAGUGAUAUUGAAAAUAAAGGUUAUCUAACUUUAGAAGAUUUUUUUAUAUGUUGUAGAUUAGUUGCACAUGCUCAGAAUGGAAACACAUUAAGUGCAGAAAUUAUAAAUAUACAACCUCCUUGCUUACCUAGUUUUGAUAUAAUUAGACAUAAAUCAUUUUCUGAUAUUUCUAAUAUUGAUGCUAAUAUUGAAUGGGGAUUAAAAGAAAAUGAAAAAGAAGAUUUUAAAAGAAUUUUUAAAACAUUAGAUAUAAAUAAUGAAGAGAAAAUAGAAGGAUCGAUUAUUCGUGAAUAUUAUUUAAAUACUUCCAAUAUAUCCAUUUGUGAAUUAAUGCAAAUAUGGAAUAUUUCAGAUAUUGAUAAUGAUGGAUCUUUAAAUUUUGAAGAGUUUUGUAUUAUGAAUAAAAUUGUUGAAAUCAGAAAAGAAAAAGAAAUAAAUAUACCUUUAACAGUUCCUAAUGAACUGCUGAAUUCUAUAAAAUUAGAAAAAGAGCUAAAAAUAGAUGAUGAUAUAACUUUUAGAAAAUAUGAAGAAAACAAAGAAAAAAGCGAUAAAUUUCAAUUAUCUUUCGGUGAUUUAUUAAAAACAGAAAAUGAGAGAAAAAAUGAAGUAAAUGAUAAAGAAAAAAUUAAUAUGGACUUUGAUUUUUUUGAUUUCAAGCAAGAUAAGGAAAUUUCUAGUGAAAGAAAAAAAAAAGCAAAAAAUGAUACUUUUGAAGAAAACGAAAAUGUAUUUUUCAAAAAAGAUUUUGAAAAUUAUAACAAACUUGACGAGGAAGAAGAACAAAAAUACGAAAAGGGAAAAGACGAGGAAGAUGAUAGAAAUAUUGAAUCAAGUAAAAACUUAUUAAAAGAAGAUGUAGAAUUUAUAAAAGAUGAAAAAAGUAAACAUGAUAAAAAAAAAAAAAAGAAAAAGGAUAAAGAAAAAGAAAAAGAGAGAAAAAAGGAGAGAGAAAAAGAAUUGAAACAUGGAAAAAAAAUAGGAAAAAAAGAAAAGGAAAGGGAAAAAGAAAAGGAAAAUGAAAACAAAAAUGAAAAAGAAAGAGAAAGAGAAAGAAAAAGAGAAAAAUAUAAAGACAAAAGCAAAACAAAAACGGAUAUGUUGAAAGGUGAAGAGAGAGAAUUUACAAAUGAACUGAGCAAUAUAGAAGAGAAAGAAAAGAAAAAUACUUCACAAGAAGAAAAAUAUUUUACUAAACUAAUAGAUUUUAACUUUUGUGAUUUAAAAAAUUAUAACAUUGAAAGUAAAGAUAUUUACAAAAUAGAAGAAAUAAAUAGACAGUUAGAAGAAGAAAUAAAAAAGAAAAAAGCAGAUAUUGAAAAAAAAAAAAAAAAUGUAAAUUGCCUUGCGUAUGUUUAUGAAAGCGAAUUGAAAAAAUAUCAAUGUUUAAAAGAAGAAAGAAGAAAUUUAGAAUUUUUGAAUUUAUGUUUAUAUAAAGAUAUAAAACAUAAAAAAGAAAAUAUUAAAAGUCUUAAAAAGGAAAUUAAAGAAAUAAUUGAAGAUAUAAAUAAAAUAAAUAUAGAGAAUAUAAGUUUAAAUAAAAAUUAUAUAAAAAAAGAACAGGAAAUAAAAGAUACUGAUAAUAAUAGAAAGCAUUUGAAUUAUAUGAUAGAUAAAGAAAAAAAUGAUUUAAAAAAAGAUGAAAGAAAUUUAAUAAUUUUAAAAAAUAUGAUUAAUUAUCUGAAAAAACAAAAAAAUCGUGCAUUAAAAUUACAAGAAAAUUUAAAAAAUAGAUAUGAUGUAACAAACUCUGAUCAUCAAAUGCUAAUAAGAAAUAUUUUGCAUAAACAAAAUUAUUUAAAUAGCAUAACUAAUAAACGUCUUAAUAUACAAAAAAUGAAAAAUCAAAAUAUGAUUUUAUUUAAUUCUUUAACAAACCAAUCUGUUUUAUUAGAUUUGCAAAACAGUUUUCCACAAUUAAAAAUGAAUUUGGAAAAAUCAUCUAACAAUAUACCAUUGAAUAGUUCUACUUUUUUUAAUUCAAAUACAUACAAAAAAUAUUACACAGAUAAUAAGGGAAUACCUAAUAAACAAAAUGAUGAAAUUAAAAACACUAAAAAGAAUUUUUCAUUAUUUGAACAUAUUAAAAAUGGAGAUAAUGUUGAUAUUUUUUCUAGUUUAGAAGAUAUGGAAUCCUAUAAAGAUAAUGAAAAAUUAGAAGGUUUAAGCGAUUUUAUGUCAAUAGAAAAUAGCUUAAAAACAAUUGAUAAAUAA